AUGGUAGUGGGAAUUGCUAGAAGAAUUGAAAAAAUUGAAGAUCUUUCCAGGAGCUUAACUGAUCAACCAGGUAAAUUAUUUGCCUUAAGAUGCGAUGUUGCCAAAGAAGAUGAUAUUCUAAGAGCUUUUCGUUGGAUUGCUGAUAAUGUGGGACACAUUCAUAUUCUUGUUAAUAAUGCCGGCUUAACCAGACCCACAAAUUUAGUUGUUGAACAAGAGAUUAAUUCCAAUUUCAUGGACAACUCAAAUGCAAACAAAAAAGUGACCAGAAAAAUUAGAAAUGACAAAAAACUUAUUCAGGAAAUCAAGAGAAGGAAGAGCAUUAGCCCAGGAUUAGUUCGUACUGAGUUUACCGAAGGAUUUCCACAAGAUGGUACUAAGGAGAAAUUAGAAGAUAUGCCAGACCUAAGGCCUGAAGAUAUUGCUGAAGGUGUUAUCUAUGCACUUGGUACAGGACCACAUGUCAAUGUUUCGGAGCUUACCAUCCGUCCGGUGGGAAAUGUGUAUUAAGUAUAUUUCACCAUUUCAAAAUAUUUCUAAACUUAUCGACUACACUGAUAUUUGCAUAGUUAUUAUUUCAAAUAUUUUUUUAGUUUAGCAAGAAGGACCAAGUUAUUUAUUAUAUAUUUCAAAAAUAUCGUUAUAUACAAUUUUUAAAGUAAAUAAAUAGUUCAAUAUUUA